CCCCUUCUUCUUCUUCCCUCCAUCAAAGAUCUCACUGGCAAUUAAUAAUGGCCAUAAAGCUUUCUUCUUGGUGGCCCUCUGUCUCUGCAUCGUCCUUCCCUUUUCCACUUCACAUCACGGCCCUUUCCGCGUCAAGGGUCGCGUCUACUGUGACACCUGCCGUGCCGGCUUCGAGAAUGUCACCACUUACAUUGCAGGGGCGAAGGUGAGAGUUGAGUGCAAAGACAGGGAGAGCUUGGCGGUGGAAUACAGAAAAGAAGGGGUGACAGAUUCUACAGGAACUUACAGCAUACAGGUUGAGCAUGAUCAUGGGGAUCAUUUAUGUGAGAUAUUGUUUGUGAGCAGUCCGGUUGCAGAUUGCAAAGUGCCAGAUCCAGGACGAAGCAAAGCCAGCAUCGUGCUCACUCGUACUGAGAAUGGCGUCGUCAAUGAUCUUCACUAUGCCAAUGCUUUGGGAUGCUACAAGGACGUGCCUUUGCCUGAAUGCUACCAGCUCCUUCAAUACUACUUGGCUGAUGAUGCUUGAUCCGUCUUCAUUUUCUUUCUUGCA